AACUGGCCUUCCGUCAGAUAUUGUAAGCUUAGAUGCAUUCUUAAUUAUACUGACAAUGGAUCUUCUCUUGCAGGCUGAUGCUACACGACUGGCCCCAAAGAUCAAAGGUCAAAUACCCCAAGGGUUUUUCGAUGAUUUCAAGUCUAACCCGCGCACUCAUCCAUCCCAAUCUCAUGGGGAACAUGACUGCCCCACUCCAGCACCGCGUCAACGCUUCUUCAGCCGUUUUCCCUCUUUCUGGCGCCGCUCCAAGUCCCACGUGGAAACUGAACGUGAGACCCGGCCUCGAUCUCACCCUCUCAGCUGGACUCGAAACAUGGUCUCUGGCAUACUACGCAGACGAGAUGGAUCAAAUACAGCCGAGGUUCCAUACACAGCUGCCCAGCCUAGGAGCUAUCAUGCGAGAAAGAAGCCAGCUCCUGGCUCGUCUCACCCUCCCAACGCUCAUACCAUGCAACAACAGACUGGCGCAGCAACACAGAGCACACCAUCAUCGUCUCAGACACCACCUCCCACUGCCACUUCGACACUUUCCGCUGUCACUGCUGCCCCGGGGAUAACAGGAACGAUAUCGCGUCCUGAUGUCACCAUCAGACAGGCCGGAUGGGGGAUUCGUUUUAUGCUCUGGGCUACUUGCGCGUCUGUUGAGUAUACAACUAAUCAACCUUAGGGAAGCACUUUGCUUCGGUGUUUCAUUCGCACUUGUAAUAAUCAGCCAAUAUUCCCGUGUUAUUAUUGUAUAGUAUUUAUUCGUUAGUUCAUCAGCAUAUCGUAUAGUACGGGACUUAUAUGGACCAUCAGCGUUCACAUAUUCAAUGAUGAUCUUCCUCUUCACAUCAUAUAUAAAGUUGGGACAAGACGAUACUUAUAAAAUCGAGUAUUUAUGUAGCGCUAUAACAUCGACGAG